ACAAGUUCAUCAUUUACAUACUUCCACACCUUGGGAUUUCCCUAGGAAGAUACCUUUCCUUCAUCAGGCUUUGUGACACGUGUGUGUUGCUGACGACUGUCGAGGUUUGCCCAUCAAGCUAGAAAUAACCAGAUCAAUAUAUAUAACUACCGUGUAGGUAGCGCGUAUCCUUUCAAACCUGCGCAUUCAUACGACAGAACGGUGAUUGUACUGACACAGUAAACGAGCUUUGUGGUGAAACACUCGCGGUACAUGCUAUAUAGAAAUGCCCAGACUGGCUAACGCUCGGACCGUGUACCGGUCAAGGAUGUCUUUCGCUGACCUACAGGACUACUCAUCAAUACGUGAGAAGUGUUUGUCCGAGGGGGUGUUGUUCGAGGAUCCGGAGUUCCCGGCAGAGGUUGCCUCCCUUUGUUACACCAAACCACCCGACAGAGACGUCAUCUGGAGACGGCCGGGCGAAUUCUGCGCGAAUCCACAGUGGAUGAAUGAUGACUUCAGCCGGUUCGAUGUUGUACAGGGAUACCUAGGUACAUAUUGUUCAGUACGCUGUGAUUGUUGGUUGUUGGCCGCUGUUGCCUCGCUUACCUGUAACAAACGACUUCUCGCGCGAGUAGUCCCACCUGAACAGAGUUUCCAACAUGGCUACUGCGGGAUUUUUCACUUCCGGUUGUGGUACCAAGGGCAGUGGGUUGAUGUGGUCGUGGACGACAGACUGCCGACCUUUGACACCCACAACCCUCAACUACUUUACAUGCACUCUGCAAGCAAGACUGAAUUCUGGAGCGCUCUCUUGGAGAAAGCGUAUGCCAAGGUGUACAGAUGCUAUGAGAGUCUUCAGGGCGGCAGUGCGAUAGAAGCGAUGGAAGACUUGACGGGUGGGCUUGGGGAGACAAUUCUUGUCGGAAACACUCCACCCGACUACCUGGUGGAGGUGAUGGAAAAGACGCUAGAAAGAGGAGGUGUCAUGACCUGCUCAAUGAACAUAAAGGAGCCUGACUUCUCCGUGAACGUCCGUAGAUCAAUCGAGGGUUUGCUUGGAAACCAUACUUACAGCAUCACAGGCCUAAAACUGCUGCCGCUGAUGGACGGGUCGAAAACAAGGCUGAUCAGGAUCCGGAAUCCCUGGGGAGAUGGGCAGGAGUGGCGGGGCAGAUGGGCCGAUGGAGCUGCUGAGUGGAAUCUGAUACCACAAGACACCAGGCGACAGCUGAGCGUGCGCGACGACGAGGAUGGAGAGUUCUGGAUGUGUAUGGACGAUUUUAGAGCCCAUUUUAGCAAAAUUGACCUGUGUAAUCUGGACCCGCUGCAUCUAGGGGACGCUGGGGUGACGACUGACAAACAGUGGGACGUUGCCAGCUACCACAAGUCAUGGAUCAAAUAUGUCAACGCCGGGGGAUGCCUCAACUAUGUUGAUUCCAUGUGGAGGAACCCUCAGUUCCAUGUCCAGCUGAUGGAGGCAGACGACACGAGCGGCACGUGCACCAUGAUUGUUGCCCUGAUGCAGAAGGACACGCGACGCCUCUUUAAAGACGGGCAUGAAUACCUGGGAAUAGGAUAUGUCAUAUACAAGCUUCCUGAAUCAAAUGAAGGCAGACCGCUGACCAGGGAGUUCUUCACACAGAACAGACCGCUGGGGAAGAGCAAGGCCUUCUCUCAGACCAGGGAGGUGUGUGGACGACACCAACUUCCACCCGGCGACUACGUCAUAAUCCCAUCAACAUUCCACCCAGAUCAGGCGGCACACUUCCUGUUGAGGAUAUUCACAGAGAAACGGAAGUCAUUCAAUGAGAUGGAUGACGUCACAUCGUUUGAGGAAAUCGACUCACCUGACUGUGUGGAUGGUAUAAUGGAUGACCUGGAUCACCUCAUGAUAGAUGUAGGGGAGGAAGAGAUUAUUGAUGCCUAUAGACUGAAAGAGAUCCUGGGUUUAUUGUUUACAACUGAGUUCACGUUCUCGGGGUUUUCACUUGACGCCUGUCGGAGCAUGAUCGCCAUGUUGGAUCAUCAGAUGACCGGCAGCCUGGACUUCAAGGGAUACAAGGACCUGUGCCGCCACCUACUGGACUGGAAGGCAUGCUUCGAGGCGAGUGGUGCCGACAAAGAAGGAAAUCUGAGCUCCUACUACCUCAGGCCCUUCCUCAACCUGCUCGGUUAUCGAAUCAGUAACGACACCCUACAGGCGUUGGUACUGCGCUACGUCAACAGGGACGGCAACAUGGACUUCGGCGACUUCAUCAUGUGCAUAGUCAGACUAACGAAUCUCAUUGAAAAGUUUGAGAGCCCGGAUGUAAAGAGCUCGGACACGAAGACGCUCGACAAGCUCCUUCGCGCCGCUCUCUACUCCUGAUUCAGCCCUGUCUGCAGCCUCCAGGCCUGAUCGCAUCCACCCAUACGUGAAUUAAUGCUCUUGUGUGAAGAGCAAGAGCGUUUUAAGUGCAUUGUCAUCGCUCCUCGUGAACAGGGUAGAUAGAUGUUCAAAUUGUGAUCCGGUUCCCUGUGUGAUGGACGGGGGAGAAACUGACGCUUUAUAUCUGUUUCUAUGAAAUUAUUGUGGGUAUGUACGGUGUGUUUGAUUGACAAUACAAUUCCCCAUUUUAGAACAGGUGCUUAUGAUUGGUAGGUUUUACAGAUAUCAGGCUCGUGACAAGUGUAUUGUUAUCAUAUGGAAAGUAGAGUACUGGAAGAGAAUUGGAAGAAUUGUGAUUUUAGUUAGGUAUUUUACUGCUGGUAAGGCGACAAUCAAAAGUGUAAAUGUCUUCAAAUGAGCACUUUAGUCGUUUGCCAACUCCGGUUUUGUAGUCUAGUAAAGAUAAGGGCAGAUUUCACCAAGACAAAAACUACAUUGCAUAGAUUGACUAGAGAAGGUCACCUUAAUGGGAUAUGGGCAUUGUUCUCUGAAAUGGGCAAUAAGGACAUGUUGACCGGAAAUGGCCGCCAAUGUCACCUUGACCGGACAUAGCAACGUGGUCACCGGAAAUGGGCACCAAAAUCGGACGAAAGUCAUGACAGCUGGUCCAUCCGGAACUGAGCACUAGAACCUCAACACAAGGAGACCUGUCAUCAACGUCAACACAAGGCUACCUGUCAUCAACGUCAACACAAGGCUACCUGUCAUCAACGUCAACACAAGGCGACCUGUCAUCAACGUCAAAACAAGGCGCCCUGUCAUCAACGUCAACACAAGGCGACCUGUCAUCAACGUCAACACAAGGCGACCUGUCAUCAACGUCAACACAAGGCUACAUGUGAUCAACGUCAACGUAAGGCUACCUGUCAUCAACGUCAACGCAAGGCUACCUGUCAUCAACGUCAACACAAGGCUACCUGUCAUCAACGUCAACACAAGGUCGUGUGGCGUGUCUCAACAGGUAUAGUCUCAUAUACUUUGUAGGUGUUAUAGCCUAUAGUUACUGCGGGACUGAAAACUGUACACAUUGAACUGUUGGCAAAAAGUACGAACUGUCAUGUAGGUAAAGUGGUAAUGUGACAGAAAAGUUAAAUUUUUCAGACAUGUGAUCGCUGCACCCUGUGUGAGAAAGCAUGUUGAAUAUCAUUAAUGUCUUGAAUUCUAAUUGUCGCAUGACCCGAUGGACUGACGGGGAUCCGGUGGUUCGCUCUGUGACAUGCGCGUCGUCUUGUCCCACGCCAUGGGUCAUUCGCCUGCUUUCCGGAAACAGCUAGAUUAUUGCAGAUUGUAGCGCUAACAAUUACUGUUGAACAAGUCCCGACAGCAACCCAUUCAUGGAAUUCCAAGAGCUGAGGGUCAACGUGAUCGUUGUGCAAUGUAUUACAAUCCUACGGCUAUUCUUUCGGACUGUAUCCAUGAAAUAUAUAUUUCAAUGCACUUCAUAUGUAUAUAUUGGCCAGUAAUAGAUGUUUGUAUUAGUAAUACUUGGUGCUACAAAGCGGGGUAAAAGUGACUUUCACUUAGUACGGGUCAGGUUCUGAAUUAGAGAGUGAGUGAGUGAGUGAAUUUGGUUGACAACGCUUCGAACAGUAUUCUCAUUUUUGUUUUGGUAAAUUUAUCAUCCAAAACUGGCUCCCACAGGAGAUAUCGCUUGGAUGAGAUCAAGCGAUAUCUACACUGUAGAUAUCGCUGCAAUGAAAUUACAUCACAAUGCUUUGCAGACCAUUGUGACGUCACUG